UGAAGAGAUAGAAGAUCUAAAGCAUGCUGUACAGGAAUCUGUGAAACUGAAUAAUCAGUAUGAAAAGUGCUUGAAACAAAUAAGUGUAAUGUAUGGACUUCCUUUCACAGCACAUUUGUAACUACUGAUUAAUUUAAUGGGAUUUUUUACUGAUACGAAGCCCAACGUGAUCCUUUGAACUAGCCCCUAUGGUUUUCACCUGAGAGAGGAGAACUGAGCCACUGGGAGAGAGUCUUAUGCUGGUACUGCAAUGCUGAGUUCUAGCUCGAUCACUGUGAAUAAUCUUCCUUUGAAGAAGAGGCUCUGUUUCCUGCUGAAACUUGUGUGCUUUGUCAGCUCAGUGUUAAUAUUUUGUGAAUUUUUAAUUUAUUAUGUGGUAAUUUUUCAAUGUCGAUGGCCAGAAGUGAAAGGUGGAGCUCACAUGAGUAAAAAAGAGACUUCAGCUUCAGUCCUAAAGGCCAUAAUUUUAGCUGAUACUCACCUACUUGGUGAAAUCAAAGGACAUUGGCUGGAUAAGCUAAGAAGGGAAUGGCAAAUGGAGAGAUCUUUCCAAACUGCGUUAUGGUUACUGCAACCAGAUAUUGUUUUUAUUCUGGGAGAUGUCUUUGAUGAAGGAAAAUGGAGCUUACCUCAGGCAUGGGCAGAUGAUGUCAGGAGAUUUCGGAAAAUGUUUAAGUAUCCAGUUUCUACUGAGCUAGUGGUUAUUGUGGGGAAUCAUGACAUUGGAUUUCAUUAUGAAAUGACCACUUACAAGGUAAAUCGAUUUGAAAAGGUUUUCAACUUUACUUCAGGAAAGCUAAUAACACGGAAAGGAAUAAACUUUGUCCUAGUAAACAGCGUAGCCAUGGAAGGUGAUGGCUGUGCUGUCUGCCGUACCUCAGAGGCAAAGCUUGUGGCGCUUUCUCACAAACUGAACUGCUCCCAGCAGAAACCAAAUCAUUCCAACAAAAGGUGCAGUGAUGUGGAAAAGCUUCCAGCUUCAGAACCCAUCCUUUUACAGCAUUACCCUCUCUAUCGGAAAAGUGAUGCUGAAUGCAGUGGAGAAGAUUCUGCUCCUCCAGGGGAGAAGAAUAUCCCAUUUAAAGAGAAGUAUGACGUACUGUCUCAGGAAGCAUCGCAAAAGCUGAUAUGGUGGUUUCAUCCCCGUUUGAUUCUCAGUGGGCAUACACAUAGUGCUUGUGAAGUGCUGCAUGCGGGGAAAAUUCCAGAAAUCAGCGUCCCGUCUUUCAGUUGGAGGAAUAGAAACAAUCCUAGUUUCAUCAUGGGCAGCAUAACACCAACUGACUUCUCCCUCCAAAAAUGCUUCCUUCCCUAUGAGAGCAGAGUCUUUACUAUAUACUGUGCAGCAGGUGCUCUGCUUGUAAUCCUGAUACUAGCUCAUUGUCAGCUUCUCACUCCACCAUUUUAUUUUGCUCAGCGUUUAAUCAGUAAGCAUAAAGCAGUAUGAAGAGCCAGACAUCUGCAUUCAGUCACUGAAAUACCAAAGCUGAGAACAGUCAAACAUCAGACUAUAUUCAUGCCAGCAAAUGACCUAAUUUGAUUGCUAGUCUGAAGGCAGGUUGCAUUUACACAUACCAUAGAAGUCCUAUACAGCUGAUACGACUACUACAGGAUAAAUAAUUAACUGAAAUGAACGUUUCAUGCUGUACAAAAAUACUGUAUUCUACAAUCAAAUGAGUCCUUUUCCUGCUAUAAUUUUUGUAUCAAAUAUGUAUAUUAAAAGUGUAACUGUACAUUAUGUAAA